AAACAGAUCUCAUUUCUGGCUGUUACCAAAUAAGCGGCUUUUGAAUUUCUUCUGACUACAGUUCUCCAGUUUCAAAGAUGACAACAACUCUGCAUUUAGUUGGUGGCAAUGGAGGAGAUGAAUUCAGGUUCACUGGUGAGAGCAACGGUGCCAGUUUGCUCAGGAUGUGGGUAUGGGUGGGGCCAUCGCAGGUGAAGGCCGUCAGGGCCUGGCUUUCAGAUGGGUGCAAUAAAACCUUUGGAAGGCCAGACGGAGAGUACACAGAGUUUGAAUUCAAGCCUGGGGAGAGGAUCACCACACUGUCUCUGUGGGGCAACGGAAAUGGCACACGUCUUGGAGGCAUCAAAUUCAAAACUAACCAUCAUAGAGAAUUUUUUGUAAAAAUGACAAGCUGGGGCUUAAAAACUGAAUACCCUAUAAAUGUUGGCUCUGGAUUUUGUCUGGGCCUUGUAGGAAGCUCCGGAUUAGACAUUGACUGCAUGGGAUUUUUGUUUCUCAAUAACAUUCAAUCCGUAGUUGUGAGCAACGUCAGCUAUCCCACCAUUAGCCAAGUGGUCCCAAAGGUGGCAGUGGAAGAAAUCAAAUCUGUCAUUUUCAAGAAUGAGACCUCUGUCUGUCAACGGCAAACGGUCGAAACGUCAAAGAAAAUAAUAAAAACAAACUCAUGGUCUGUCAGCGAAAACAUCUCGGCCACAUUCAGUGUGGAUGUAAAGGCCGGGAUUCCAGGCAUUGCAGAUGUUUCCACAGGAUUCAGCACUACUGUUGGAGUAGAAAACACUUACAGUCGUGUGUACACUAAUGAAAAAACUGAAAUUCUGCGUACCAAUGUAGAAGUUCCACCAGGGAAGAAGGUGGAUGUGAAAAUCAGCAUUGGCAGAUGCUCGUUUGUCCUGCCGUACACGGGCACAGUGAUGAUGACUUGCAGUAACGGCAGUGUGUUUUCUUUUCAAACCAAAGGCCAGUACAAAGGCAUCACUUACACUGAUAUAAAAGUAGAUACUAAAGAAUCAAAGAUUUGAUACAUAUACUGUAUAUUCUUAUUUACUAGCCUUUUCUGUCUACAUUCCAAAUUAAUGCGAUGUUAGAAGAUUUUUUUCACACCUACUUUGCAUUCCUCUGUUUCUUUUUAAACACCUGUUUUCUCUAUUUUAGCAAAUUGUAAAUAUAUAUAUUCAACACUGCAUUUUUAAAAAAAUCUUUACUAAUUCGAUUACUUCAUACUCACUUCUAAUGA